AUGUGUGCAACAGAGUCUGACUUCCCUCAAGAUGAGGACCCGUUUCCCUGGGCAACUGGAAGGUCAAAAGGAGACAUCGCUUUUCACCCUUCUCCAGUUGUGUUUAGAAAGAAUGAGCUGGCAAUAGUGUUUUGGUACAAGCCUGAUUUUAUGAACCUGCACUUGAGUUCCCCAAGCUCUCCUCUCAGUCUGGCAGCUCAGGACUGGGAGAGUACUGGUACGGUAUGGGAGCUGGGCGGGAAGGCACAGAGGCUGCCGGCAAGGCAAACCUCCAAGCUCAGGUGGCCCCUGAGCAGCCUCCGAGGGCUUAUGUGUUCCUACUUCAUUCCACGUAGCUUGUGGCAACGACUCCUGUUAGCGCCCACUCAUGUCACCGCUUUGCGAAAGAGAGGGAAGGAAUGUUCUCCGCUAUUCUACCGUUUUUAUCCUUCUUUCCAGUUGCUAUUGCCUGUGCUUGAAGCUGAUGCUUUUCCAGACCUGAAUACUCCACCUUCUCCACAAAGUGCCCCAGUGCACAUCAGCGUUGUUGAAGUAAUAAUCUACGGGGAUUUGCCAAAAAAUAAAGAAAAUGUAAUAUAUUUAUCAAAUCAUCAGUGUACAGUUGAUUGGAUUAUUGCGGACAUGCUGGCAAUUAGGCAGAACGCUCUCGGGCAUGUCCGGUAUGUCUUGAAAGAUGGAUUAAAAUGGCUUCCACUCUAUGGGUGGUAUUUUUCACAGCACGGAGGAGUCUAUGUAAAAAGAAGUGCCAAAUUCAACGAAAGAGAAAUGAGAGAGAAGUUGCGGGCCCAGAUAAAAGCUGAGACUCCGAUGUAUUUAGUGAUUUUCCCAGAGGGGACUCGUUACAAUCCAGAAAUACCAAAAGUCAUUGCAGAUAGUCAAUCAUUUGCUGAAAAAGAAG